AUGCAGGCCGAAUACCGCCAUGGCAACAGGGCCUUCCUCCAGGCUCUCCUCGCUCACGGCACCUUGACGUUCAAAGAAGCACGGCCCAUCAUUGCAGCCAUCGUCAACGCCGAAAAUGCCAGAGACCCCGAGAGCAGAGAGUGCAGGCCCGAUCAGGUCUCGGAAGAGAUGUUCUUGGACUACAUCGACAAAGCUUCGGCCGCAGCAUCCCUGUUUGACUACGAGAUCCGCAGCACACAGCACCAGAUCACCAAGGAGCGCAUCUUCGCCCUCGUCAACACUACCUCCGACCCACAGACUCAGCUCGCCACGAUAUACAGCCCGGAGGAGCUAUCUUUCAUCAAGCGCGUUCUCGACCACAUCUUCGUGAAGCUCAACAGGCCCCGCAUGGAGUCGCUGUGUAUUACCGAGAUGCAAGCCAUCAAACUAGCACGGCCAAAGCGCAGGGAAAGCCAGGGGGACGGAGAAGACCAGUCGUCGCAGGCUCCCACGGACAGAGGCUUGAAGCACAGCGAGGUGGAAAGCGUUCUGGAGAGUCUGGUGGAGGGGGGCUGGUUCGAGAUCAGCAGGGAGAACUUUUACUCGCUGACGCCGCGAGCGCUCUUGGAACUUCGUCCUUGGCUCAUCGAUAUGUACAAUGAUCCGGAUGCCGAGCCUGGAGAAUGGCAGAGAAUCAAGUUCUGUGAGGCUUGCAAGGGGAUUGUCACUUGGGGACUCAGAUGUUCAGAUCCCGAUUGCACGCUACGACUCCACGACAUCUGCCAAGAGGCUUUUUGGAGAUCACGGCGGGGGACGGAGUGCCCCAAGUGCGCGCGGCCUUGGAGUGGGAAACAUUACGUUGGCGAGAGAUCCAUUACAAUGACCGACGCAUAUCAGAGGGGGAAGAGACGGAGCGGUGGGCAGAGGAAUACGUUGGCAGAUGAGAUUGUCCGUGAGCAGGGAGGUGACGAGGACAGUGAAGGGGAAGAGGACGACGAAUGA